GGCACGAUUUUAUAUGCAGAAAGGAACACACAAAGGCUUAUAUAGAAGCAUUCAAAAGACACUUAAAUUUUUCCAGACAUUUGCUUUACUUGAGGUAAAUUUUUAAAUGCUACUGCUUGCUUGACUUGAUUUUACUGUAGGAAAAUAUAUCAUUAACCUGCAUUUAAAACUGAAAAGUUGGAUCAGAAUUUCCAGUUUUUCUAACCUUAUUUUAAGGAUUUUUUGGCAAAAGUGAAUUGAUGGAUAUUUUCUGCUUUAUAGGUUAGUAAGUAUUUGCCUAGGAUACUAUUUCUUAUGUUUGUUUAAAAAAUGCACAAGACUUUCUUGUUUUUCAUGUGAUAAUAUUUUAUGUUUCUAAUAAUUCUACUUGAACCCCCUCAAAACUAGUGAAAGGUGUAAGAACAUAAGAAGUGCAAUACUGGGUCCACCCAUAAAGUCCCAGGACCACCUAGUCAACCUCCUCUUGGCACUAGCCAAGCUAGUGGUCAGUCUCACCAGGAAGGAGGCUCUGGACAGGAAGAUACCCGACGACUGCAGGGACACUUUUCUGUCCCUUGGCUGUUCACGUCUUUACACAGGGUUUCACUGGGCAGUGUCCACUGGCUCCUUGGACUCAUUUGAGGGCCAGUGGGCACUCUCUGGUGUAUAUUUUCACAUUAUAAAUGCAUUCUAUUUGCAAGAGACAGAAAAAUUGUAAGUGAAUCUGUUUUAUAUAUGGCUAAUGGAAACAUCUUUUAAAAUUAAUAAAGAGAUUUAUGUAUCCAAAAUGGUUUGGCCCAAAUUCCACUUCAUCUUUAGAUGGUAAGUGGCAUUUACAUGGCUAACUUAGCUGCGUAGGUGGCGUUUUAGACUACUUAUAUGGAUUUUAGAUCUUCUUCCAGCCUGAAAAGGCCUUUGUACAAGUCCUAAAGAGAGGGGGAGUAGGAGCCUCCCACCUUUCAAUCUCCUGGUUAAGGCACUUGCCUUGGCAUUGCUCAGACGUGGCAUAGGUCACUCUCUAGCCCUUCUCUUCAAUUUGGUCCAUUGGGCAGCUAUGAGUGGAAGAUACAUGAAGCUAGAAGCACAGCAACACAGAGGGAGUGUGGCUCAGUGAAAUGACAGUGGGCCUGGAAAAGUAGGGCCCUGGAUUCUGGUGGCUGCUCUUGCCCUAGACAGUGUUUCGGCAUUUUGAACUUAAUGGUCAUUGGAUAAAACAGAUAAUUGGCAAUGGGCUAGUUCUUGCCCUGCUGUGGUGUGUAACAGUAGGAGCCAUUGGAUUUGGAUCUCUCAUAAAUUCUGACCAGGAUAUGAUAUUGUGUGUGAAACUGAGGAGUAAUUCUGCUGAAAUUGAAGAAUAAACUGUAAGUAUAUGAAAAGCAGCCUUAUUAUAUGAAAGUGCAUUUAUUAUAUGAAAGUACAACAAAUAAGUUACUCCUGAUUUAGUUUUAACACAAAUCAAAGGCUUGAUUGUAUGAGAAGCGAAUACAAAAAUUCAGGGCACUUAGCUCUUCUUAGGAAUGAGCUCUAAGGUAUUAACUUUAACCAAGCUUAGAUUUACGUUAACAGCAGUGAUGCCUGUAUUUGCAAACAGUAAACUAGUCUUGGAUCAGGAAUUUUUAACAUGUACUUAUUUUUAUUUGCAGGUAGUCCACUGUGCAGUUGGAAUAGUUCGCACCUCUGUGCUUGUGACUGGGGUCCAAGUGAGUUCAAGAAUCUUCAUGGUGUGGUUUAUUACACAUAGCAUAAAACAGAUCCAGAAUGAGGAGAGCGUUAUUCUUUUUCUGGUCGUUUGGACUGUGACAGAGAUUACUCGAUAUUCCUUCUACACAUUCAGCCUGCUCAACCAUUUGCCAUACUUCAUUAAAUGGGCCAGAUACAAUUUUUUUAUCAUCUUGUAUCCUGUUGGAGUUGCUGGUGAACUGCUAACUAUUUAUGCUGCACUACCAUAUGUGAAGAAAACAGGCAUGUUUUCACUGAGACUUCCCAACAAGUAUAAUGUCUCUUUUGACUACUACUACUUCCUUAUUAUUAUCAUGCUCUCCUAUAUACCAUUGUUUCCACAACUGUACUUGCAUAUGUUGCGACAGAGAAGAAAGGUGCUUCAUGGAGAAGUGAUUAUAGAAAAGGAUGAUUAAACCAACCUUUUUAACUACGGUGCUUUUUAAAGAAUAUCAAGGAUUAAAAACAAAAAACUUCAUGUGAUCUUUUUGAGUCCACAUUUUAAAUCAUGGAACAAGAAUAAAUAGCUGUGCACGAAAUACCAUGGAUUGUAUUAUUUUGUAAAAAUUAAUAUAUCUUCAGACUGUGUGUUUCGUCCUUGGUUUCACCUUUUGGUUCAUUUCGUCUCUUCGUGUCUUCAGACAAACUAUUUUCUUCCUUAUUUUUUAUAUAAGGACAUUAAUAAAUAGUCAGCAUAUUGAAUAUUUGCUAAAUUGCUUUCUGUUAAGAAACCUUUUGUAGUUGGAAUUAAAAAGGUUUGAGCUAUAUUGUUGAGAAUUCUAGGAAACAGAUCAUUCAUAAAUCAGGUUUUGUUUUUUUCAUAGGAUAGGUGGCUUGCAUAGGACAGGUGAAAUUGUAUCCUUCAUUAUUUUAAAAAUGAAAAUGACCUCAUUUUUACCAAUAUUCACAAAUGAUAAUUUAGUGUAUUAUAAGUCUUAUGAGAAAACACUGCUAAAAGUAGUCAGUUUAAACCAAAGCUGAGAUAUAAUUACUAAGCAUCUAAUUUUGCCACCCUUUCUCAUAUUAGUACUUUUUUUUAACUAUCCUGUAGUAAUUGCCAAACUGCUGUAGAGCAUCAGUAUGGAUAUUAGAAUCAGACCUUUCAGUAGGCCUGAUCCUAAAGUUGGAUUCUGCAUGUGUGCAGAAUUUGUUACCAAAUUCAGUUGUGGAGCCAGGGCUGCAGUCUUUUAAUAUUAGGUUUUUAUCUUUGAAGAAUCAUAGAAUAAUUUUAAAGCAGUCAACCAUUUGGUGCCCAUGCAAAUGUAGGGCUGCAUACUUUUAAUAUGCAGUUGUCAAAGGUAAUUAAAAAUAGUAGAUGGUAUUUACUGGGCAAAAAGGAAAAUGAUAUGGAGGAGUAAUAUAGAUGUACCUACAUUUUGCCCAUUAAAGGGCCUAUAUUGGGGGUUUUAUUUGUAUUUUCGUUUGUUCUGUGAACUGAAACUGCUUAUAAGUCUGUUCUGUAUUCUAGGUUUAGAAUAAAAAAGGGAAAGUAAAUGUGGACCUACAUACAAAAACUAGUGAUGACAAAACCCUUUAUUUAUUUUGAUUAAUCAAAUGGGAUAAAAAUAGAAGUUAUCAUUUUUUUAAAAAUACUUGAUGUGUAAAUUACAUUUUGAAUCAUCCCAUUAUGCAAUUAUAAUUGCUCCUUCAAUAAAUUGUUACCUCUUCAUAAUGUAAUCAGCGAACAGUUUUGGAUCUGGUCCUGUUUAACAUCUUUAAUAAGUUAAAAAAAGGUUUGAACAACACAUUAAUGAUGAUCAUGGAUCAUAUGAAAGGGGGUGAACACCAUCAUGGACAUAAAGAUAAUACAAAGAAGUCUAUAUAUGUUCAAAAUGUGGUCAGAAGUUUAAAACAAGAUUCAACCUGGAAGGUGUGUAGAGGGACAUGGGGGAAGCAAGUUGUUAUAAAUAAAGAAAUUUAGAUAUUCAAUAAGAUGGAGAAAUUUGGAAAGCAAAAAUAUUGGAAGAAGAUUAAGCAGACAGCAAAUUAGAUACUUAUUCACAACUGAUGUGGCACCCAAAAAAAGACAAGUUCAAGGUUAGGUGUAUUUGCAGAAGUGUCACAUCUAACAACAGGGAACUGGGUGACUGCUAAAAUCCCACCUAAAAUAUUCUUCUAAGUUCUGCAUGCCUCACAAGCAAAGUGCAGAGGAUUUUUGGGUGGAGCAGAUACCAGCAACACAAAUAAAUUUAAUACUCAGGAAUAAGAAAUAGGAAGGAUUGACUUAAAGUCUUUAAAUAUGCAUAGCUUGGUUCUGUGAGAACUAUUUGAGGAGGAGGAAUUAUUGUAAUGAGAGAAGCAGAUGUAACCGAGUCAUAUGGAAUAAGAAAAAGAACAUACAGAGUAAGUAUCAGGUCAGGUUUUGACCAUCAACUCAAUCGGGCUAUAAAGUAAUACUACAAGGCAAGUUAUGGCAGCUCCAUUUCACAGGACAUUUAAAGCUAGAUUUGAUUGGAUACUAGAAGAGGUUUAGGUUGCCUAGUUCAACCUGCAACCUCAAAGGUGGCCUCCAUUUUUAAUUUCUAUGAUGCUUUGAUAACACACUUGUAUUUUUACAAAGUCUGGAAACAUCUUCCUUGUACAUCUAACGUUUGAACGAAGAAAUUUAUUACAUCCCCAGCACAAGUUUCCAGUGUUAUGCCUUGGGCUUGUCAUAUUUAUCUAUUACAUGUGAACUACCUUCCUUUUAAAUGACUGGUGUACAGUGGAUGCGACAUGAAAUCCUAGUAUUUUUUUGUUUCAAAGUGGUAUAGUCUUCACUUUUUUUAGGCAACGUAUUAAUUCAAGGUGCUCUAAGUUAAGUCAUUAAAAUACUUGUUUAAUUCAUAUGAAACUGAAAUUGUUUAAUGUAUUAAAUAUACAUCAUACUUACAGUCUUGAUUCACAAAAUAUUUACACAUGCAAUACCUGUUCGGGCUAAAGGUUUUAUCUGUUAAGUGUUUUUUUUCAUAUUUUAAGCAAUGGAUGCAAUUGUUCAUAUAAACUUCUCAGUUUGCAUAUUGUUCCAUAUGGAGCAUCCAGGCAGCUUUUAACUAUGUAUUUCUUAAUUAGUAAGUAAAAAUAUUUUAUGGAAUAUGAAAGAAUAAGAUCAGGUUUUGUUUAAUGAUAGUUUAGUCUCUUCUCAUUGUGGUGUCAGCUCACUGAAGCCUAUGACUAUCAAUUUGUUUGAAAUGUACUGAAUAUUCCAAAGGCCUGAUCCUGCAACACUUACUCAUGUGAGCUUGUCCCAAGGAGACUAUUCCUAUGAGUACAAGUUGAAGGGCUGACCUCAACCACUGUAUUAUUUAUGUUGUAUUUGUAUUGUGUUCAGUUUGAGGAUAUCAUGCAACAUACAUAUAACUGUUGUAAGCAUUUUGAUACUCUUUUGUAAUGCAACACAAACUAAUACAAUGCCAUGUAUUGCAAUCAUGAUUUCUAGUUUGCAUAAAAACAACAAUGUGCUUAGUCCUGAAUAAUCAUAAUACACAAACAAGAAAAGCCAUAAAGUGAUUUACAAUAGCAGUAAAAUCUUACUGAACUGCAUUUCAAUAAACUGUGAAUUCAUGCUGAAAAUGA